UUUAUUAUAUUAUAUUUAUUAUAUUAUAUUUAUUAUAUUGGUUUUAUUUAUUAUAUUUAUCUUUGUUAAUUUUUUGGUUGUGUGUUUUCGAGUGCGUAGUUACUUAGUAAGUUAGUAUUAGUAUUUUAGUUAGGUUAGCAUAGUUAGUAUUUUGGGUAGAGAUAAGUUAGCGUCCUUAGUGUUUCAGUAGAGUAGUCAGCGCGGGUAGCAUUUAGUUAGUUCGGGGGAUUUUUUAAGGUACUACUAGCUCUAGGCUAGUAGUACACUUGUUAAUCGGAUAAGAGGAGCUAGUGCCGAGGGCUCUAGACAGCCAGGGCCCGCGAGCGUAGGAGCCAGUCCGCCCUCACUGCCACAAUGCGCCCGUCUGCCAAGGAAAUGGCCCUCAGAAAAUACGUGAUGCUCGGCAGGCUGGGGGAGGGCGCCCACGCCAAGGUCAAGCUGGCGCGGCACCUGCCGACGGGCACGGAGGUGGCCAUAAAGAUCAUCCCCAAGUCUGGCAUCCCUCAGAGGUUCCUGGACCGCGAGGUGGCCUGCAUGAAAGUCCUUCGCCACCCAAAUGUUCUCCAGCUGUUUCAGGUGGUGGACACCGAGAAGGAGGUGGUGCUGGUCCUGGAGCGUGCGCAUGGGGGUGACCUGCAGGACCACCUGUUGAAGAGCGGGCGCCUGGGGGAGGUGGAGGCGCGCCGCCUCUUCCAACAGAUGCUCGCUGCGCUCAGCCACUGCCACGCCCGGGGCGUGGCGCACCGAGACCUGAAGCCGGAGAACCUGCUCCUGGACAAGCACCAAAACUUAAAACUGUCAGACUUCGGGCUCAGCGCCCAGUUCUCCGGGGCGGCGCUGCUCCAGACUGCCUGUGGCAGCCCGCAGUUCAUGGCGCCUGAGAUCCUCCUACACAAGUUGUACAGUGGCCCCGCGGCGGACGUCUGGAGCCUGGGGGUGGUCCUCUACAACAUGGUAACGGGGGAGCUGCCCUUCAAGGGCACCAGCCUCGGGGAGCUGCGGACCAGGGUGCUGAGCGGCGUCUACCAGGAGCCGCGCUACCUCUCCCAGGAUUGCCGGGACCUGCUUAAGAACAUGAUGACACUUGACCCCCAGAGCCGCAGCACCCUGGACGACAUCAUCCAGCACCCCUGGGUGGGGCUGACGAACGGACUCCCGACCUGCCACGAGCCGUCCCCGGGCCAGCACAAGGCCGCGACAAAAGCCAUGGUCCGCCGCGGGUAUCGUAAAGAAGUCAUAGACAGGGCACUUUCGGAGGGCAGGUAUGACCCAAUAAUGGCAACCUACCUUAUGCUGCUCGCCAGGCAGCGGCCGGUCGAGGAAGGGCCGGACCCCGCCAUCUCUCCCAAGCUCCCCUGUCCCGAUGGGGCCCACUGCGCCUCAAUACCAGAGGACCACCGGCAGCCUGAGGUCUCAGGGCGCGAGAACUUGCAGGUGGGACUGGCCCACAAGCAGGACUCCCAGAAGCCCACCACCACCUCCGGGCCAGGCAUCCCACAGGAGGACCCGGGCGUGCAGAGCUAUGUCUCGGGCUCAGGACCCCUGCUGCCGGACGCAUGUAAGCCCAGCAUGGCCUCCAGGUCAGGGCCCGUGCUGCGGGAGGCCUGGGGGCCCAACACCACAUCACUGUCAGGGCCCGUGCUGCGGGAGGCCUGGGGGCCCAACACCACAUCACUGCCAGGCCCCCUGCAGGAGGAAGCCCUGCCGCCCAGCACCACCUCACUAGGCCCCCAGCUGGAGGGGGGCCAGGAAAACAUUAAGAACACCUCCAGCCCAGCCCCCCAGCUCUCCAGCACCACCCAACCACCACCAAGAAGCCACCUCCUAUUCAGCCCACCGGUGCCCCCUGCAGAGACACUGGGCCAUUCCCAUUCCACCCAAUCCAGCAGAGGCUGCAAGGCCAGAGCUCAUCGUAUCUUUCUUAGGAUUUUGAAAUGUUGUAUUUUUUGUUCUCCUUUUGGAACCAAAAACAAAAGAGUUCACCCUGCUGAUUAAAUCAACAACACCUCCCUAUUCACUUCCCUGCUCCAGGGGAAUUAAUUCCCCGCUCCAGGACAGCCACUCAGUGGCCAUAGUGAAAGGAACACACCAGCGGAGGCCGAGGCCCUGGAGAGGGGCCAGGGGCUGUGCCCAGCCAGAGGGGCCAGGAGCAGCAGAACAUAGGCGUGGAGCACAGAUGUCCACAAGCACAGCAGUCCCAGGAGCAGAGCAGGCUCUAUCCCGUGAGGGCCCUGCUGGUGGCCCCUGGGCACCCGGACGGCGCAGACGAUGCAGGAGCUCUUCGGGCUGACUGGCGCUAUCAGGAACUGACAUCCAUGGUCCAAUAGGGCACGAGGAGGCGGCUACCGUGGCUACACUAGUUCCCACUGCAGGGGCACCUCCAGUGAAAACACCAGCUUCUGGCCACAGCCAAGCCUGUGGAUCGCCUCAACCACGUACUGUUGGGUGAAAGAGCCUCCCUCUUGCUCCGGGUGGUUUCUGAAGAAACUGGGUUCCCGCAGCUCAGAAAAUCAAACUAAACGGAGGCGAACACCCUGCAUCUGCGACGACACCUUGAACACAGAAUUUCCACAGCAGUUAAACAGCAACUCGUGCCCACGUAACUGAAAACACGCGAGGAUUGUUCACCCGCGACCACACAGGGUCCGAACCCUGCUGCCCCCGCACAGGGAGAGUGGGGGGGGCGUCCUGCCCCCUCAUUAUUCCCUGCCUCUCCCCGCUCCCCGCCUGAGCGCUGCCCCCAGGGCUGCUCCCUCCUCAGCCUGCAGGCUGCUCCGCCCAGGCAGGCGCUCCAGGCCCCACAUCUCUUAGGUGGAUCUUUAAAAGAAAAAAAUAAAAGAACUACACAUGAUAUGAAUGAACGUGUUGACCUGCUGAACAGAGUUUAUAAAAGCAACAAUCCUAGCAUGCAUUGCUCCUAGGACUCUUCCUCACUCUGUGACUUUUGACUGUGCUGUCCUGAAGAAGGGUACAUUUUUCAGGAUGAAAUACCACACUGCCAUUUCUGUUUCUCCCCUUACUUCAUACACAGGAAAUGCACAAAUCCCAACAUAAACACAGAAAGACAUGUGUGUAUGCAUGCACAUGUACAAUCUUUCUUCAAGGAUCUUUUGUUUUCUAGAAGUUUUGCAAUGUUAAGUAGCAAGUUGUUAAACAUAGGGCUCUGUAGAACUGCUGGAAGAAGUAGCAUUUCAAACAUAGAGGGUGGACUGCCAAUCCCAAAAAUUCCUUUUCUUCCGUUUUAAGGAAUUUAAAACUCGGGCACUUAACUAAAAUUGACCAGUUGUAAUUUCUUAAGAAAAUAUUUAGUGUAAAUAUUUAGUGUACUUUUUUCAUUCCUUUCUAC